CACCAACCGAUCGACCAUCACUCGAAUAACCUUAGGAGUUUAUUCCAAGUAACCGGUGGUCGCAACCAGUUCUGAUCGCAUGGCGAUGUACUCGCAAGGUUCAGCGCUCCUCCAACAGGUUGGAAUAGCGCUCGAUUCUCUACGAUAUGUGCUGUCGCCGUUGAUGGCACGACCAAGGCCAAAUCCCCAGGUUACGUCGCACCAACCACGGAUCGACCUGCCAGACUUCAUGAAGGAUAUUGCGUCUUUUGACGCUCUGCGAAUAUUGCCCUCGAGGGAGCUCGCAUUGCAGCCGAUCCCCGUCCCAGCGAUGCCUACUUCUCGACACUUCAGCCCCAGGAUACGUCUUGCCUCUUCCCCAUUCCCCACCCCCCUCACAACCCUCUUCCGCACUCCCUCCAUGCCCUCUUCGAUCCGCCAUAUGUCAACAGCAUCCCGACACGACUCCUACCUCUUUCGUCUUCAACAAAACGCAAACGCGAUGCCAAGCAACGCAGCCGCUCAAGCCAAGUUCUACUCGGCGUGUUUGGAUAAGGGACAUCCUGAGGCGGUUGUAGAGAGGUAUGAGACCGCUGGCGUGGCCCGGGAUGAUGAGUGUACGGAGUUAUAUAUCCGUGCUUGUGAAGAAGCUCCGGAGUCUCCCUUCGAUAUCCUGGGUGGGGGCCGGGGCAAAGCCGGUCCCUCGAAGACUGGGGGCAGGAAAUACGGAACGGAAGACAAGCCGAUCCAUGUCCAAGUCACCAGUAGUCCAUUCGACAGCGUCAUGUCCUUCCUCAAGUCUGUCCUCGGCUUGCUCAUGUUUGGCGGUAUUGCGUACACCAUGAUCAACAUGGCGCGAGCGCAGCUCGGCGAGGGCCGCGGAUCGAAGAUGCUUCAACCCGACGAUCCGGCUGUGCCGAAGGUGAGGUUUAGUGAUGUACAGGGUGUUGAUGAGGCCAAGGAGGAUUUGCAGGAGGUUGUGGAGUUCUUGAGGAAUCCUAUGAAGUUUACGGCGUUGGGUGGAAAGUUGCCCAAGGGUGUGUUGUUGAAGGGACCGCCGGGUACGGGUAAGACUAUGCUUGCGAAGGCUGUUGCUGGUGAGGCUGGUGUUCCGUUCAUCUCCACGUCUGGGUCUGAAUUUGAGGAGAUGUUUGUUGGUCUUGGUGCGAAGCGCAUUCGUGACCUCUUCAACGUGGCGAAGAAGAACGCGCCGUGUAUCAUCUUCAUCGAUGAGCUCGAUGCUGUUGGUGGUUCACGUGAUGACAAACAGAGCUGGAGCAACAAUCAGACCUUGAACCAGUUGCUGGUUGAGCUCGAUGGAUUCGACUCGAAUGAGAAUAUCGUCAUUAUCGGAGCUACCAACUUCGCCAAGAAACUCGAUCCAGCGCUCGUCCGCCCCGGCCGUUUCGACCGGCACGUCGUUGUCCCCCUCCCAGACGUCCGUGGCCGUGUCGAAGUCCUUCGACACUACGCCAAGAACAUCAUUCUUCAUCCCCAAGUCAACCUCGAACUCAUCGCGCGUGGAACCUCAGGUAUGUCUGGUGCCGACCUCGUUAACCUCAUCAACACCGCCGCUGUCCGCGCUAGUCGCGAGGGUGCGCUGGCGGUGAAUCUCAACCACAUGGAGUGGGCGAAGGAUAAGAUCUUGAUGGGUGCGGAACGAAAAACGAAGGUCUCCACGGAGGCUCAGAAGCUGGCUACGGCGUACCAUGAGGGUGGACAUGCGAUGAUGGCGAUUUACGCCGAGAAGGCGAUGCCUCUGUACAAAGCUACCAUUAUGCCCCGUGGUGAGGCUUUGGGUAUUACGUUCUCGCUACCGGAUAUGGAUAAGGACUCUUUCUCCAAGACCGAGUAUAUCAGUCAGAUUGAUGUUGCUAUGGGAGGUCGUGUGGCUGAGGAGUUGGUCUACGGAAAGGAGAACGUGACGAGUGGUGCUAGCAGUGAUAUCGCCAAUGCUACUAACGUGGCGAAGGCCAUGGUCACCCAAUGGGGAUUCUCGGAUAAGGUUGGUCCUGUUCGAUGGACUGGAGGAGACUACGAGCAACUUUCAACGGAGACGAAGCAGGUCAUUGAGAGUGAGAUCCGUACGAUGAUUGAGGCGUCUGAGGCGAGAGCGAGGAGGAUCCUGAGAGAGAAAAGGGAUGAGUUGGAUAGGUUGGCGCAUGCGCUUGUUCAGUACGAGACGCUUACGGCGGAGGAGAUCAGGACUGUGAUGAAGGGGGGCCGGAUCAGCAAGCAGUACCCUUCGACAUUAUAAGUUAUUGAUGUACAUACAGUAUGUGCAUUUGCUAGCGCUUUUUGGAUAAAAGGUUGGCGUACGGCAUAGCAUCUCUCAUCUCUGAACAUCUUCCGU